ACUACCGCAUUGCCUCCAGCAAGAAGUGAAAGAAAGGCCCCAGGCCUUUGCGAAUAAUAAAGGAAAAUAUAAAACGUUUAUUGUAGCCUAUUGUAUGGUUCACAUGCGCAAGGAUAGGCGAGCUUCCAUUGUUUUCUGAAUGUAUUUGUGAUGUUACCGGCCUGGAACACAAGUUGUGUUGAAUUAUACAACUGGUGCGCGUUCAACAAGAUGCAAGUUUUUUGACGUUCAGGGAGGGUAUCAAAUCCGCGACACUGUUGCAAACAUUUCCUUAACGGAAGAAAAACAAAAUAAUAUGCCCCGUAGGAACACUCGGUUUGCAACCGUUAGGAUAGUUGGGCAGAAUUAGUUCAACCUAAUAAAAGAGCACAUAUGCACCGUUUAGCAGUAGAAUACAAAAUCCCGUUUGUCCUUAGUAGCAUUUGUACAUGCAACGUUUUAACAGAUGUUUUUAACUGACCCCGGAAAAAUUCGCGUUGAGCCGCGUAGUUGUUGGUGGGAGAUCCCGCGGUACCCUACCUGCGGCAGUCAGUGAGCAGGUUAGCGUUUUCGGUUGUCAUGAACGCGAGCAAUCAUAGACACCCCGCCCCACGACGAGUUUACAAACAAAUCGGUAAAAUGCAGUACACGGUUUCAUCCUUCCGUUACCUUCGGUACUGGUCAAUUUGAUCGUUAUAGGCCUUAAUACAUCAAGAUCAUUAAUAUAUAUUAUAUUUUAGCCUCCCAUAAUGUGCUUUUUUAAAUUUAAUGUAGUUGGGAGUCUUCAACAUGGUGUAGAGACACAUUUUUGAUUACACAACGAACAUUUGAGGACAUCAUCCAAUCUGUCUAUAGAUAGGACCGAACCAUCUGAAAGGCCCUGGAGAGCCGUACGUUGGGCCAGAGCUGCCCAUGGCUCCAGCAGCUCCGGUGGCUUCACAUGCUUGGAUGCCUAACAUGAACAUAUGUUUGGAUGUGUGCAUCUCUACUGGUUUCAGCCCUUGAGGUAGAACAGAGGCCCGUGACAGAGGAGUCAGCAGAGGUAUGAGUGACGGAGAAGGCCAGUUCUACAGUGUACAGGUGGGAGACUCCACCUUCACGGUGCUGAAUAGGUACCAACAGCUCAGGGCCAUUGGAUCUGGGGCCCAGGGCAUCGUGUGCUCUGCUCUAGACACAGUGCUAGGUAUUCCGGUGGCAGUAAAGAAGUUGUGUCGGCCAUUCCAGAACCAAACCCAUGCUAAGCGGGCCUACAGGGAACUGGUGCUGCUCAAAUGUGUCAACCACAAAAAUAUUAUCAGGCUGAUCAAUGUGUUCACGCCUCAGAAGUCACUGGAGGAGUUUCAGGACCUCUACCUGGUGAUGGAGCUGAUGGAUGCCAGCCUGUGCCAGGUGAUUCACAUGGACCUGGACCACGAGCGGAUGUCCUACCUGCUCUACCAGAUCCUCUGUGGUAUCAGACACCUGCACUCUGCUGGCAUCAUCCACAGGGACUUGAAGCCCAGUAACAUCGUGGUCAAGUCAGACUGUACGCUGAAGAUCCUGGACUUUGGAUUGGCCAGAACGGCCUGCACUAACUUCAUGAUGACCCCUUAUGUGGUCACCAGAUACUACAGGGCGCCAGAGGUCAUCCUGGGCAUGAAGUACAAGGAGAACGUGGACAUCUGGUCAGUGGGGUGCAUCAUGGGAGAAAUGGUGAAGUGCAGCGUCAUUUUCCAGGGCACUGACCACAUCGACCAGUGGAAUAAGGUGAUCGAGGUGCUGGGGACCCCCUCCAUGGAGUUCAUGAACCGGCUGAUGGAGACUGUGAGGAACUAUGUGAUGAACAAGCCCCAGUACCCAGGGGUCAACUUUGCGGAACUCUUUCCAGACUGGGCCUUUCCCUCUGAUUCCGAACAUGACAGACUAAAGACGGGUCAAGCCAGAGACCUGCUGUCCAAAAUGCUAGUGAUCGAUCCAGAGAGACGCAUCUCUGUUGAGGAGGCCCUGAAUCACCCCUAUAUCCAUGUGUGGUACGACCCGGGAGAAGCCGACGCGCCUCCCCCACAGAUCUGUGACAAGCAGCUGGAGGAGAGAGAACACAGCAUUCAGCAGUGGAAAGAACUCAUCUAUGAAGAAGUAAUCGACUGGGAGGAGAGGAACAAGAAUGGAGUGACUAAGGAAGAGUCGGAUGCAGGGAGUUGGUCAGACUCGCAGUCGUCUUCUGCCAAUGACAUUUCUUCCAUGUCGACUGAGCAAACACUGGCCUCAGAUGCUGACACCAGCAGCGCUGAAACACUCACAGGACCCCUGCAAGAGACCUGAUGAGAUUACACCAGGAGGUGUACUUCCUGCUCUCUUCUUUCUCUUCCCCUCUUCAAAGUUUUCUUUCUCUUUAACAUUAAUGCAUAGGUCUAUUUUUCAGUUUCUUUCAGUGCCAUCUCAGACGGAUGUAGUUUAUCUGUAACUCUAGGAGCAGUGUUUCUCUUCAAUGCUAGCUAAGCCGUUAUUUUUCUGACUAUAUGAGCGUGAGUCAGUUCUGGCUAUUUCUAUUAAGAUUUCUAUUAUUGACUUGAAUAGUAAAUAAGAUUCAAUUUUGAAUAUCAGUGUUGAGAAUUAUUGGCAAUGGAUGUUUCUACACAGUUCAUCCACCCUGGAAAUAAUGUAUUUACAGCUUUUUUUCUUUCCAUUUCAGGUUAAAAUCAUUUUUGGCAUGAGAAUAAUCAGAUAUGAAAGCUGUUAUCUGCAUUCACAGCAAAUUGAACAAAGCCCACAUGUUUGUGUGAUGAGCAAACGCAAGUCAAAUGUGCAAUGUUUAUUUUAUGUAUUUUUACAUAAGUAUUGAGAACAAGCGACAAUGCUGAUUGUGUUGCCUGUGUUGUUUAACUGGCUUGAGUGACAUGGAUUUGAGCUUUUACCACUCAAGACCUCAAGGGGGAGUAGUGGUUCUAAUGUGACGGUUUGCUUUUCUUUUAUUAUUUACUGUAUGUAAAAGUUGUACUGUAUGUAACAGUGACAAGCUGCAACUCUGAUAAUGCACAUACAGUGAGGUCCAAAAUAAUUUGGACAAUUGUCUUUUUUUGUAGUUUGUACUCAAGCACUUUGGAUUUGAAAUGAUAUACAGUUUUAUUUUUAGGGUGUUUUCAUUCAUAAUUGAUUGUUUUUGUGAUGAUAACAACAUUGUUUGCACACAGUCCUCGAUUUUAGGGGAAGUUACAACAUGUAUAAUGUUUAUAUUAGAAAGUCAGGUAUUUGGAAGCGUCCCGUUUCAUUACAGAAUGGGGAGGAGUUCACCAUGCAUUGAGAAACAUUCAUGUUUGAAGUAGUUAUUGAGGGGACUAUAUACAAAAAUGGCUGUCUUUUCUAUGCAUUUCACGUGAUAUGAAUAAAUAUACCCCCUUAUUAAAGAUGACAGACUGCACUUUAACCACAGUCGGUAUGUACUGUAAAACCCAGAGUGAAGGAGUACAGCGCCAGAAACAACAACACAACUUUGACUGUCCAAAUGCAUUCCGACCUUCCUCUAGACAUACGGCUAUGUGUGUUUGUUUAUGUUACAAUGUACACAUAGAAUCUUCUCCAUAUAGUACGAUCAAGACAUGACAUCAGGUAUUGACUAUGUAUAUAUCCAAAUAUCUUCCUUAUCUUGUACAUGAGUACACAUACAAAAAGGCCCAUUUAAGAGUACAGAAUGUAUAUUUGUAUUUAGUUUUGGUAAUUGUUUUUGCUCUAUGUUGCACAUCGCUUUACAAUGUUGUACACCACUGACAAAUCAAUUAUUUCACUGUAACAAAAGGUAUGGUUUCUCCUCAAGUUGCAGAAAUUGCAGAGGUUUUUAUCCAUUUCGUCAGUAUUGCAUUUCCUCUUGGAGAAAUUACACACAAUAUAUAGAAUGUGCAUCUUGGCUUUAAGUUGCAGGGGGGCAUGUGAGAUGUUGCUUGCUGUGCCUCAGACACUUCCUUGGGUCUAACUCAGUUUCAUUCUCUAGAAAAUAUUUGGAGUAAUCUGCAUCCUAUUUCAGUCCGUCACUACUGUCUCCUCUUUAUCACUGUUCCUCGUGGGUUUUCUUUCUUCAAAACAAGGAGAACCAAGUAUAAAAAUGCCUAUGCGACACUCCAAAAGUGGCAGAUUACAGCUGUUGGUUCAGAAUGUGGAUAUGUGACACGACUGGUAUUCUCAGUUGAAUUCUGGACCUUGAAGUUCUGGAGUGGAACUGUCUGAGAAUAGAUGGAAUUUUGGAACUAAAAAAAAAAA